AUGAAGUUUGGUGAGUGUGUAAAUGACUACUUUUCUAGAGUCAUGAUGGUUGCCAAUGAUAUGAGGAAUGCAGGGGAAGGAAUGGAGGAUGCAAAAAUUGUUGAAAAAGUUCUACGCACACUCUCAGAGAAGUAUAACUAUAUUGUGUGCUCUACCGAGGAGUCCAAAGAUAUCAACAGUCUCUCUGUAUAUGAGCUGCAGAGUUCUUUAUUGGUUCAUGAGCAAAAGCUAAAGAAGAACAGUGUGGAGGAACAAGCAUUGAAGGUCACAGGAGGAGAAGGAUCUGGAGCAAAAGAAGAAGAGAAGUUUGGUGGCAGAGGCAGAGGUCGUGGUGGUUUUAGGGGAAGAGGAAGGGGUAGAGGAAUAGCAUUCAACAAGGUCAUUGUUGAGUGUUAUCGGUGA